AUGCACGUUCUUGGUGCUGGAUCUAUGGGCUGCCUAUGGGCUGCUGCAUUGACCCGUGCAGGCACAGAAACUCGGCUGUUGCUGCGACCUGGCUCUGCCAAACUGGCAGCCUGCCAGCAGGGAAAAGUCGUGCUACGAGUGGAUGGCUGUCGAGGCAGCAAGGGCAAUGAGACUACGGCGACUACCGUCCAUGCGGAGGCGCUAACUGCAGGACAGGAGGCCGAUGUCGAUCAGGUGCUAGUCGUGACAAAGGCGUAUUCUGCAAUGAACGCGUUAGAGAUGUUGGCGCCGCGAUUGAAGCGCGAAGCUGUCAUCGUCGUACUUUCGAAUGGGGCACUUGCCCUGCAUGAGCAGAUCGUUCGUGCGACAUGUUUAAGCCACGUGCGCCUAGUCUUGGGGAUCACGACACAUGGGGUGUGGUCUAGGGGCCCAUUUGAGAUUGUGCAUGCAGGAUGGGGGCAGACAAGGUUUGGCACUUUGUCAGUCAAAGACACUGAAAGCUCGGAUUGGUAUCGCUCAGUAUUGCAGCGUUUGGAGACUGCUGGACUGGGAGCUGUGGAUGAAGGUUCCAAUAUCGAGCGCUGCUUGUGGCUGAAGCUCGCUGCAAAUGCAGCCAUCAAUCCGCUGACGGCCCUCGAGGAGAAACCAAAUGGCUUUAUUCUUUCCUGUCUGGAAGCACGUGCGAAAGUAUCCCAGAUUUGCAGCGAGGUUGCCGAAGUUGCAGGUGCACUGCAACGGAAUUCUGAACAGGAUGCGCAAGUGGCGAAACUAUCCGGACUUGACUUGGAGGAAUUUGUCUUCCAAACUGCACAAGAAACAGCAGAGAACCGUUCCUCCAUGUUGCAAGACGUUGCCGCGGGAAGGCUUACUGAGAUUGACUACUUGAAUGGGUGGAUCGCCUCAAAGGCCAAGGAACUGGGUAUGGGCUCUGGUUUAAACGCGCAUGUGACUGCCCUGAUGAAAGAAAAGGAAGCGGCAAUGUCCGCGAGGAAAGCGCGCCUCGCAUAA